AUAAAACGUUGUAUAUACUAUAAAUGCGGGAUUAAAAGCAACGACUGCCGCCAUAUUGGACAUCAACCACGAGGUUGAUAGAGAAGCGUGUACAAAAGGGAAUUUGUACUAAAUUAAUUAAAUUGUAUAAAAUUAGUUUCAUUAUGUCCCCUAGCCAACCUUUACCACCAAAAGAAAAUGCUCUUUUCAAGAGGAUUUUGAAAUGUUACGAGCAGAAACAAUACAAAAAUGGUCUUAAAUUUGCCAAACAGAUUCUGUCCAAUCCAAAAUUUGCAGAACAUGGAGAAACCCUUGCUAUGAAAGGUCUUACACUUAAUUGUUUAGGAAGAAAAGAAGAAGCUUAUGAAUAUGUCAGAAGAGGUCUUAGAAAUGAUUUAAAAAGUCAUGUCUGUUGGCACGUUUACGGUCUUCUUCAAAGGUCCGACAGAAAAUACGAUGAGGCUAUUAAAUGUUAUCGUAAUGCGCUUAAAUGGGAUAAGGAUAAUAUACAGAUUUUAAGAGAUUUGUCUCUCUUACAAAUUCAGAUGAGGGAUCUAGAAGGUUACAGGGAUACCAGAUAUCAGCUCUUCAUGUUGCGGCCGACACAACGAGCAUCAUGGAUUGGUUUUGCAAUGGCAUAUCAUUUACUAAAAGAUUACGAUAUGGCUUUAAAAAUUCUAGAAGAAUUUCGAAAAACACAAACGAAGCGUGGGUAUGAUUACGAACAUAGUGAAUUACUACUCUAUCAGAACACAGUAUUACAAGAAGCUGGAAAUUUAGAAGAAGCAUUGCUACAUCUAGAAAAAUAUGAAGAUCAAAUUUGUGAUAGGUUAACUAUUAUGGAAACCAAAGCCAAUUUAUUGCUAAAAUUACACAAGUAUCACGAAGCUGAGAAGGUAUUUAGAGAAUUAAUUAAUAGGAAUCCAGAAAAUCAUGCUUAUUAUAAAGGUCUAGAAAAUGCUUUAAGGCCAGAAUUAAUAGAAGAUAGAUUGAAAAUUUAUAGGGAAUAUCAAUUAAAAUAUCCUAGAGCUCAAACUCCUAGAAGAAUUCCUAUUAGUUUUACAAUGGACGAGCAGUUUCGUAGUUUAGUCGAUCAAUACAUGAGGAAAGCAUUACAUAAAGGUGUUCCUCCCUUAUUUGUAGACUUAAGAUCGUUAUAUUCUGAUCCGAAAAAGGUAAGAGGACUUACAUGAAGAAAGACCCGCGUAGUUAAGGUGAAAUAAAUAAAUAUAAAUACAGAUUAGGAUGAAGUAAAAUUUACUGUAAGUGUUUCUCUGUUUAGUCUUGCGAGGCAUCUAAAUGUUUCACAUGACAAGAAACGACUUGUAUAUUUUAUCUAGUAUCAUCCACCCUUUGUAAAUACACCUUUUAUGUGUCAAAAUAAUUGUAAACUGUCAAAUAUUUGAAUAGAAA